AAUGGGGUCUCAGUCCAACAGGCUUCUUUGUUGCCUAUCUCUUGCAAUGCUGCUGAUCUCAGUGAGCUCUGCCAAAUUCAGUGACCUCUUCCAACCAUAUUGGGGAGCAGACAACAUAGUAGCACUCGGAGAGCCACUGAAGCUCGCCCUAGAUAGUACUUCAGGAUGUGGGUUUGGAUCCAAAAAGAAGUACCUGUUUGGCCAAGCCAGCAUGCAGAUAAAACUUGUGGAAGGUGAUUCAGCUGGCACUGUGACAGCCUUCUACAUGUCCUCCGACGGCCCCAACCACAACGAACUAGACUUCGAGUUCCUUGGCAACCUCUCCGGCGAGCCCUACCUCGUGCAGACCAAUGUCUACGUCGACGGUUCGGGAAAUCGCGAGCAGCGUCACAGUCUCUGGUUCGAUCCGACCAUCGACUUCCACACCUACUCCAUCCUGUGGAACCAUCACCACAUCAGGUUUCUGGUAGAUGGGAUACCCAUACGGGUGUUCGCCAACAAAGAAGCUAAUGGGAUCCCCUAUCCAAGGGACCAAGCAAUGGGAGUCUACGGCUCGGUGUGGAACGCCGACGACUGGGCGACGCAGGGGGGAAGGGUGAAGACCAACUGGAGCCACGCGCCCUUCGUUUCGGCAUUCCGGGCCUUCGAGAUCGACGCGUGCGAGCUCCCGGCGGAGGCAGCCGGGGCGGAGCGGUGCGAGGGGGGAGGGGCGUUCUGGUGGGAUGCUGCCGGGAUGAGCGGGCUCAGCCCGCACCAGCAGCGGCAGCUCAGGUGGGUGAGGAAGAGGCACUUGGUGUAUGACUACUGUAAGGAUACCGCAAGGUCCAGCGAGAUGCCUGGAGAAUGCUUGAACUGAUCAUGUGUUUCUGAGUAAAUAAAUUUGGAUCGCUCAUUGCUCUA